ACCAUCUCGUGAUCACUGCAGCCAAGGCUGCCAUUGACUGUCACCUCUUCAACCAGACCCUCCUUGUUGGUGAGCCCAAGAUUCAGCAGCACUCCUCUCCUAGUUGGUUUGUCCACCAUUUAUAUCAAGAAGUUAUCCUUAAUGCACUGGAGGAACCUCCUAGACUGUGAAUGGCUGGCUGUGUAGGCCUUCCAGCAAAUAUCUGGGUAUUUAAAUUCACCCAUGAGGACCAAGGCCUGUAGUUGUGAGGCUGCUUUCAGCUGCCUGUAGAAAGCCUCAUCAGCUCCCUCGUCCUGAUCAGGAGGUCUGUAACAGACCCCCACACCUGUAUCACCCAUGCCAGCCUGCCCCUUGAUUCAUACCCACAGACUUUCCACUUGCUCCUCAUCAGCCUCUGGACAGAACUCAGUACAUUCUAGUUGCUCUCUCACAUAAAGAGCAACUCCCCCACCUCAUUUCGCUCACCUGUCUUUCCUAAAAAGGACAGAGCCAUCCAUGACCACAUCCCAGUCAUGUGAGCUGUCCCACCAUGUCUCUGUAAUUGCCACCAGAUCAUAACCCUUAGAUAACACACAAACUUCUAACUCCUCCUGUUUAUUCGUCGUGCUGCCUGCAUUGAUGCAUUUUGUCCCACUUGGAAGGCUAUUGAGGCAAUCCAAUUUAAAGCUGAAUAGGACCUGCACUUAGGAAAUUACUGCAUGCUUGCUUCUGAUAUUGAAUGGUAUUGGGAAAUACUAGGUGUGACUCUGAUCUACUUCCUUAGACUAGUCAUCUGCCCGUGGGUGGAGAGGCAAGAGGUUCUAGUUUCAGCCCAAACCAAAUGUCCUAAAAUGUAGGUGUGUGGAGGCUGUUGUUUACUUUUCUUAUUGAUGUGGGAACUAUAUACACUUAAUAUUUUAAAGUACUUUUUCCUAUUUAUUAGUAUUAUCAGUGCUUUACAUUGCUUUUCUGUCCUGUUUUCCCCAAUUUCUCCCCCUUUACAGUUCAGUAAUGGUAGGCUCCAUAUGUUACAGGUCAUGUGAUUCCAUGACACAUGUGUAUGUAUAUAUACAAGAUGCCUGGUGACUCUGCUCAGACUGCACUGAACUUCCCUCUGCAGAACCACCUAUCACUUCACGGAGAAGUUACCUGCCACUAUGAUGACUGGGGGCUUAUCUGAGACUAAGCCUGCUACUCCAGAAAUCCAGCGUAUUGUUGACGAGGUGAAGUCACAAUUUGAAAGCAGGGUAAACAGGAUAUGUCACAUAUUUACAGCCAUAGUAUACAGGACACAGGUGGUUGCUGGGAUAAACUACUUUAUCAAGGUCCAAGAUGCUAAUGAUGACUAUGUCCACUUAAGGGUGUUUCAGGCCCUUCCUCAUGAGAACCAAGGUCCCAGCCUUGUCGAUUUUCAGACUGGCAAGACUAGAGAUGAUCCUCUGACCUACUUCUGAGAGAUGAUGGGGAAUGGUGCCUCACUUCAGCAAAUCGCAUAUCGAUUCUGCCUAUGUCAGUGAAUUCAGGAAAAUAAAGGUUUGAAAGCUAUUGGCUCAUCUGCUGUCUCUCAUGUCUAGGUCUGCUGCCUGGCUAAAGCUCUUGUAGGCUCUGAAAUAUGGUGCAAGCCUGUUUCUGCCACCUGAGGUACUGUAGGUGUAAGAGCACACCUGUUUCAGCACCUCUUUCCAAAACACUGUCAGGCACCCUCUGAAGACAAAAACAUGGGCCUCCUGAGUAUACUUGAGGCCUUA